AUGAAUGCAGACAUCUUUGAGAGUUUGUUCCACGUGGACAUCGUCGUGUUCGGCUUGCUCUCCGCGCUGGGUCGGGGUCGUGCUGCAGCAGCAGCACAUUUGCUGUGGGUGCCAUCAGUGCUUCUCAGCUACAACGCAGUGCCCAUGACCACGUUUAAUGGAGCUGGUCACCAUUUCUGCGGUCUGCUGCCCGCAGCACUUGCCACACUGGCCAUAUCCUCUUGGCUGGGUCCCAGCGAGCCCCCACUUUUCUCCCGAGCAGCAACUUCUGUGGCCUUGCGCGUGGCCGCCAGCCUGGCAGCGUGCUUCUGCAUCAUUGCAACUGGCUUCCAGGACGCGCUGACCAGCUGCCAGUUUGAAUGGCCAUUUCCGUGCCUUAAUGAUGCGGCCAGCUUCUUCAAGGCACUUCAUCCGCCCACUCAGGAGUAUGUGAUCCCCUGUCACCUGUACGAGCUUUGCUUUGUGUUUGGAUUCGUAGUCCACUUGAAGCAGGGUUGGCUGAUGCAUUCACAGCGUCAGGAGCAUUGGUCCCUCCUCCGCUUCUUCUCAAGGAUAAGUCCUGGUUUGUGUUUGUCGUAUUCGUCUGUUGCGGGUACAUGCUGA